AUGCAGGCACCGAAAGAACAAGAGAGUCUCCGCAGCCAUGAGCGAGACCUCCUGUCCUCAGAGAGUCUCCGCAGCCAUGAGCGAGACCUCCUGUCCUCAGAGAGUCUCCGCAGCCAUGAGCGAGACCUCCUGUCCUCAGAGAGUCUCCGCAGCCGUGAGCGAGACCUCCUGUCCUCAGAGAGUCUCCGCAGCCGUGAGCGAGUCCUCCUGUCCUCAGAGAGUCUCCGCAGCCGUGAGCGAGACCUCCUGUCCUCAGAGACCUGCUGUCCUCAGAGAGUCUCCGCAGCCAUGAGCGAGACCUCCUGUCCUCAGAGAGUCUCCGCAGCCGUGAGCGAGACCUCCUGUCCUCAGAGAGUCUCUGCAGCCGUGAGCGAGACCUCCUGUCCUCAGAGAGUCUCCGCAGCCGUAAGCGAGACCACCUUCCUCAGAGAGUCUCCGCAGCCAGACCUGCUGUCCUCAGAGAGUCUCCGCAGCCAUGAGCGAGACCUCCUGUCCUCAGAGAGUUUCCGCAGCCGUGAGCGAGACCACCUGUCCUCAGAGAGUCUCCGCAGCUAUGAGCGAGACCUCCUGUCCUCAGAGAGUCUCCGCAGCCGUGAGCAAGACCUCCUGUCCUCAGAGAGUCUCCGCAGCCGUGAGCAAGACCUCCUGUCCUCAGAGAGUCUCCGCAGCCGUGAGCGAGACCUCCUGUCCUCAGAGAGUCUCCGCAGCCGUGAGCGAGACCUCCUGUCCUCAGAGAGUCUCCGCAGCCAUGAGCGAGACCUCCUGUCCUCAGAGAGUGUCCGCAGCCGUGAGCGAGACCUCCUGUCCUCAGAGACCUGCUGUCCUCAGAGAGUCUCCGCAGCCAUGAGCGAGACCUCCUGUCCUCAGAGAGUGUCCGCAGCCGUGAGCGAGACCUCCUGUCCUCAGAGACCUGCUGUCCUCAGAGAGUCUCCGCAGCCAUGA